UAUGAUAGGCGAUACUAUAAUACACUUUAGCCAGUAAAUAAACACUAUAUUUCCUAUAAACAUGAGCAGGCUGAAGUUCAGGAUCAGGAAACGCUAACAGUGUCUGUCAGUUACACUAAUUAAUUGAUAUGAUGAAAUUAGGCUGUUUCUGGAUCAGUUUAACGCGGCGCUGACGCUGCUCCGCCAAUGCUGUGCGGCGCGUUGAGUCGCGCGUUGUUUCUGACGCGUCUCUGGAGUUCCGGAAACGCGAGCUGGAGCGCAAUGGCGGCGGAGGAGACGCUUCUGCGAGCCGUUUACCGAAUUCCGCUGCUCCACAACCGGCUGAGGACUGAUUACCGGAGCACCGAGCGGAGGGAGAGAGUGUGGAGGGAUGUGGCCGCGUCCAUCGGGCUCUCCGUGGUGGAGUGUAAGCGCAGGUGGAAGACCAUCAGGGACAGAUACAUCCGCGAGAGGAGACUCUGCAAGCUGAAGAAGGAUCUGGGCGGCCGGCGUCUGCAUUACUGGCCCCACAGAGAGAGCCUGGCCUUCCUGGACGCUCACAUCCGCAAGAGGAGGCGUCCCAGUGGAGCCCAGGGGCCCGAGGAGGAGCAGCAGGAGGAGCACAGCAGCGCCGCCCUGCAGGAGGACAAGGAGGAGUGUGUGCAGGAGGAGUGUGUGUCGGACAGCUCCAGGUUUGUGUCUCCGCUGAACCCGCUGCCGCUGUCCAUCGUCACUCAGCUCAAACCCGUCCCGCAGGUGAGUCCGCUGCUGCUGACCAGUCUGCCUCCAGGCCUGAAGGUUGCGCCGGCGUCCAGUUCAGCUCCUCCACUCCUGCCGGCCUCAGCUUCAGCCGGCCCUCUGAACGUUCCCCUGGAGGAGCAGCAGAGGGCCGACGGGGCCCUGGAUGAGGACCAGCUGUUUCUGCUCAGUUACGUCCCUGCGCUCAAGAGACUGACGCCGCAGAAAAGAGCCGCGGUCAAGAUGCAGAUCCAGCAGAUCAUGUUCAACGCUGAGUUCAAGGAGCCCUGAAGACUGGAGAUGUAGCGCUGUAUUCAGCAUCAGCUUUUACUCCACUGUCUUCACAUCUCAGACUCAACUCUACUUCAUCAGGCUGUUAUUAAAGAGGAGCCCUGAACAUCUGCACAUUUACUGACGCUUUACUCUGUUUUUACUCUACUUUAGUGUCCACAUCUCAGCAUUAUUAGAGUUGAAGGAGCCCCGAGGACUGGAGAUUUAGCGCUGUACUCUGCUUUUACUCUGUUCACAUGUCAGUUCAGUGUGUUUCCUUUCAUUAUGAUCCUUUAUUACUGCUGAAGAGCGCGUCCUGUUCAACUUUACACUGUGAGAAUAAAUGCCUAAUGUAAACCACCUCUUAAACUCUCACACACACACACACACACACACACACAAUCACACACACACAGAAUUCUGCAUAUUCCUCGUUGUAUUCUGCUGUUCUGCUGUCCACAUCUCAGCUUCAGUCUUUCAUUUCUCUUUAUUACUGUAAAAGAGCCUCUUUUGUAAGCUGAAAGUGCAAAUGCAGUGCAUCAUUUAAACUCUCUGUUAAAACACACGCAGCUCCUUUUCUACAGGCUUUUCCUACAUGCAUUGUUAAAGAUCUCCCUGUGAAUAGUUACUGAAUGCAUUUUAGAAAGCUGAAUGUUCUCUAAUGCUGCACUGGAAUAAAUAGUUUGAUAGUGACUGAA